CGUGCCCAGCCGGGGGGCGGUGAAGGGUGCCCGGAGCGAGCGGGGAGUGUUCAGCAGAGAGGAGUGUAUGGAACUGCAGAGGAGGAGAAGCUUUGGAAUCCAUCUGGCCAUUAAAACAGCUUUUUAUUCGGGGUUGUGCAAGUGUUAGGAGCUGCUUCCCAAAGGAUUAAACUCCUUGUCAGCUUGAGAUCAGUAGCUGAAGGAGCUCUCGUUGGAGACAAACUGGCAGUGCCUAGUAGAGAUAAUGUGAAAAAAGUCAUCUUUUCCAGGAUAUCACCAAGCUUGCUCACAUUUGCCACAGCAAGUCCAGUGUUUCUUCCAGAGUAAGGCAACAGCUGGAAAUAAAAAGCAAUUCUGUCUGAUCCCCAGCACAGAGGGACCUUUUGAAAAUUGUUCUUUGUUUUGUUUUAGAUGUUCAGAAUCCUCAGAUUGUAAUUAGAAUAUUUAAAGCAUUUUGUAUAUUGUGGAUCUAAGAUGGGAAGCAUCCAAAUACACAAGAACCAGCUGAGCAACGCAGCACUGUAGGAUGCUCCGCAAUGCCCUAGGAAAAACCUUCCGAUUCCUGGGGUACACAGUGCAGUAUGGCUGCAUAGCACACUGUGCCUUUGAGUACCUUGGAGGAAUUGUUGUGUGUUCUGGACCUUCAAUGGAACCAACCAUUCAAAACUCUGAUAUUGUCUUUUCGGAGAACCUCAGCCGCCACUUCUAUUGCAUUCGAAAAGGAGAUAUUGUAAUUGUGAAAAGCCCAAAUGACCCCAAAUCAAAUAUCUGUAAAAGAGUAAUUGGCUUGGAAGGGGAUAAAGUCUGCACAAGCAAUCCUUCAGAUUUCCUUAAGAGUCACAGCUAUGUGCCUAAAGGACAUGUUUGGUUAGAAGGUGAUAAUCUCAGGAAUUCUACAGAUUCCAGGUGCUACGGACCUGUUCCUUAUGGGCUGAUAAGAGGACGCAUUUGUCUUAAGAUAUGGCCUCUGAAUGACUUUGGAUUUCUACGUGCAAGCCCCAAUGGCCACAGAUUUCUUGAUGAUUAAAAGACUUAAGUUACUAUUGACGGUUUUCAUAGUAUUUUCUACUAGAAUGAAUGGAACUAUUUUUGUUUAGAAUAAACACAAAUAUUACUUGA